AUGCUCAAUCUGGAUAUCAGUCGUUCGGAACCAGGUGUAAUACCUUCGAUUAUUGGAUUUACCAAGGACUCGGUAGCCCAUGAAUCCGACCGGCUGGCUCCGGGGGAUAGAAUCUGCAGCGUCAAUGGUAUCUCCACUGCCAGGCUUACUAAUGAAGAAGUUCUACGAUUAUUGGACAAUGUUGAAGAGAGGGCGUCUUUGGAAGUUGAAUACUAUAUGCCUAACUAUGCAUCACAAAAUUCCCUCUACAUCACAACGAAGCUAGCAGAAGUUCCAGUUGAGAAAAUUGGAGGAUCUCUAGGAGUGACAAUACGUGGUGGUCUUCCGGAAAACGCGGCUCCAACUGCUGAUCUGGUGUUGAACAGCAGAUCUCUGGAUGCGCAACCAUUGGUCAUCACCCAUGUCAGACCUGGCGGGGCAGCGUACAAUACAUCUAGGAUAAAACCUGGAGAUCGGCUGUUGAAAGUUGACCACAUAUCCCUCACAAACAAAACACUAUCAGAGGUCCAUCAAAUACUCCAGAAUUGCCCGCAAGUGACGAGCCUAACUAUCGAGUAUGAUGUAUCUAUCAUGGAAUCUGUUAAAUUGGCGAGUGGGCCCUUACUUAUCGAGAUUGAAAGGCCGUGUAACGAGGAUUUGGGGCUUUUCUUGAGUAAUCAGCGGUAUUCUGACGAUGUAUAUAGUUCUGGAUCUGAUACGUACCAAAGGGUUGGGACGUGUAACGCGAUUUACAUUGACAGUAUAUUACCUGCAAGUAUAAGUGACAGAUGUGGUGCCCUCCACCCUGGCGACCAGCUGUUAGCAUUUGACGACCACGUUAUUGAUGGCAACACCUACACAGCGGAAGAAGUAAUGUGUUACUUAGAGAACUGUGAACCUGGUUUUACCAGACUUCAUAUAGCUCCGCGACACAUUCUGGCACAUGGUGGAAGGUUUCCUAGAGAAAAUUCAAUAUCCGGUACGCUGAAUUCUAAGAAACAACGGCAGAGAUAUAGGCAAAGUUCCAUGCCUAAACUGGGUGGUCAGGAUGAUUUUGACAACCAGCAAAACUACAUGAGUAUGGGCGUGUGUAGAACGGAAUCUCUAAACAUACAGUUGGAAGUGCCCCCCGGGGCACAGCAGCGGACUACUAGUACUCGAAGAUAA